AUGGCAUAUAAACUCAGCCAUUCUUGCUUGGUAUCCAAAAUUGCCAUCACUAUAUCGGUCGCGAGUUUGUUGUUGUGCUGUGGUUUAUUUAUAAGAACAGAAUUGAUGCUAAACGAGCUGUAUUCAAGAGACAUCAAGCUGCCAGAAACAACUUCAAAACACGACGAGCGAACGAAAGAACGCUUAUUUGACAAACAAGAAGCAAAGAAGACGAAAGACGUUUUCACAAGAACGGUAAGAGAUGUUACAACUGUAGUCAACAGCACCAUAAAUGAUGAUUUAUUAUCAAAGAAAAUCCAUAAAGUUGUGGGAAAAGCUGUUGCCAAUUUACAAUCUGCCAAAUACUGGAUUCCCAUUCCAGGACCUCCCGGCCCGCAAGGAAAAACAGGUCCAAGGGGACCGAGAGGACGCAUGGGUAAAACUGGGCGCCGAGGUAAACAAGGGCAACGGGGUUUUCCUGGAAAGAUUGGGCUCCCUGGUCCCAGAGGAAUGCCUGGACCAAUGGGGCCAAAAGGAGAUCGUGGUCCUUCCUUAGCACGUCCAACAGUACUCAUUUCACCAACAUAUCUCAUCGUCAAUGAAAGCCAGUCCGCCGUCUUACAUUGUUCGUCUAGUGGUUAUCCUCGACCUGAUGUUGUGUGGAGUAAAGAAAACGGUACACUACCACACAAACGAGCAGUAGUUGAUAGCACUGGUAAACUUGAUAUCAAACACGUGACUAUCAAUGACUCAGGAAUCUAUCAGUGUAAGGCUUCUAAUCUUCUUGGCAGCACAAAAACAACGGCGAAACUCCAAGUAAACUUCCGUCCUCGACUGACCUUGAAAAAAGGACCAAUUUUCAGAAAGAUUGGUGAUGACAUUUUUCUACCUACUUGUCACGUGACUGGAAUCCCUGAACCAAAUGUCAAGUGGUCUAAGUCUAUCGGUUCUUUGCCUGAUAAUCGAUCUGUUGUCAGAGAUGGACAGCUUACUGUAUUAAAAGCGAAAAAAGAUGAUUCAGGGAUAUAUGUUUGCAAAGCUGAAAAUCUUCUUGGUUCUGCUGUAGUAUUUAUCAUGGUAAAUGUUAUCGAUUUGCCUGUGUUUGUUGUCAAGCCAUCAUCGUCGUUUAAAGCUCUUAAAGGAACAACUGUUCAGUUUAAAUGUACUGCUAAAGGUGAGCCUCAGCCUGUAAUCAGUUGGAGAAAAGACAACGGUGUUCUUCCUGCUGGUAGAUAUGAAGUGAGAAAUGGCUCUUUGAUUAUAAGGAACAUUCAGAAAACAGAUUCGGGUGUGUUUUUGUGUACUGCUACGAGUGCUGGUGUUUUUAAUUCACAUGUAAGUUCGACAUUGACUGUGCAUUUCAAAGACUGCGCCGAGCAUUACAAAUCAGGAGAGAGACGUAGUGGUGUGUACACCGUUCAACCCGACAAUCAGCCUGCAUUUCAAGUCUACUGCGACAUGUCAACUGAUGGUGGGGGUUGGACUGUGUUCCAGCGAAGACGAGAUGGAUCGGUUGACUUCCAUCGCAAUUGGCAGCAGUACAAAACAGGUUUUGGAAACCUGUAUGGCGAAUUUUGGUUGGGAAACGAUUACAUCCAUCGACUGACAGCAAGAGCAUCGACGAGAGUGCGAAUUGAGGUAGAGGACUGGGAUGGAACUAGAAAAUAUGCCAAAUAUGGUAGUUUUAGUGUUGCUGAUGAAUCAGACAAGUACAGGCUGAGGGUUGGCUCGUAUUCAGGUACUGCUGGGGACUCGUUAACAUAUAAUAGCAAUAUGGUGUUUAGUACAAAAGAAAGAGAUAACGACAAUUGGCAUUAUAACUGUGCAGAAUUAUAUACUGGUGCCUGGUGGUAUAAUAGUUGUCAUUGGGCUGAUCUGAAUGGAAAGUACAUCGGAAACAAGGUUUCGAAAAAAGGAAUGAAUUGGUUCCAUUAUCACAAAAAUUUUCAAAGUUUUAAGAAAUCUGAAAUGAAAAUGCGUCCAAGUGGAUUCUAAUACAUGAUAGCACAAUAAGAUAACGCUUAACUUAUUGCUCUUUGUUAUUUGUGCAGACAUUUAUCAGCGAUUUGUCAACAAGUGUGUGUUACGUCUAGUGCUUGUAAACAUGAUAUUAGGGUAAAUAGUCAAUGAUAAUAAUAAUGAUUUAUUACAAAACAUAACAGGCAAUUCCACAUGAGACAUUGAAAGAAAGCGGCAAAUUUCGAAAGUCAGCGGGUCUUUUUAAUUCCGUUUGGCAUUAGAAACCUUAAGACCUGAAUAUUGUUUAAAUUUGAAAAUAUAUUGCAGUUACUUGCCUCACCCAUCCCAUGAUCAGACAUGAAAGUUUAACCUUUUGUUAUCUUGGAAAAGUUAAACAUUUUUGAAUUGCCUUUCUUUUAUCUUUUAUCAUCAGCUAGUGUAACCAUAAUAUUGACUAUUGUUAAACAUCUUUCAAAUUACAGGAAAAUGCAAAAAAGAAUUAGGGCAAUUGAAUUUGUGGUAGUUUCAUACGUAUUGUCCACAACAUGGUUUAAAAGCUUAUUUUUCAGCAGUUGACAAUAAGGAAAAAAGAAAACGUUUUGAACCAUAUAUAUAACAAAUUCAUUUAAGUAUCCAAUAUAUAACUUUCAAUCACUUAGCUUCUAGAUUGAAUUAUAACGAAAUUAGAGCUUUAGAGGAAGUCAAUGAUUUGGAAUUGACCUGUAAUGUCCACAACGAAGGAAAAUAUUGAUAUCUAUAUGUGACCUAUAUGUGUGUUCUGGUAACUGACAACUUGAAUAAAACGCAGGUUACGUCAUCGAAGAUGAGACCGUAGAGGACCAUGGGAAGACAAUUUGCGCAGACAGCGCGCGAGAACUGGAACCGAACUUAAUUUUGUCAACAAAAAUUUUUUUUUACAAUAGAAUUUUUUAAAGACAAAAAUCAGAGUACUUCUGCAAAAAUUUAAUGCCAGGUUCUACAUUUAGAUAAAAAAGUAUUUUGCUUGUAAUAUUCAGAAUUCAGAUAAUAUACUUGAAAUAAAUUUAAAUACUUGAU